CCGAUCCGGUGCCGAGGAGGGAGGAGAGGGGGCUCCUUGAAGAGGACGGGCCUAGCAUGUAUGAAGGCCCUUUCGUGUUGUCGUUGUGGCUCACGAUUGCAGCUGCAGCGAGCGACCGAGCGAGCGCUACAAGCUCCUUCGAGCCACGAGGAGCUGGAACGUGGCCCGCUAUAGCUUAAAGCAUCUCUCGAGUUUGUUUAGAUAGUUUUUAUUUUGUAUUUUUGCUUCUUUUGUUGUGGUGAUGACUGCUGCCAUGGCGUCGGUGGCGCCCAAGGCGAUCUUCGUGACGCCAGCUGCGAGCGCGCUGCGCAGGGAGGGAUUGAAUGAGACGGGGAUUUCGUCGAGUGUUGUGCAAUUGAGGCGGGGUUCUGAAUUGCAGUGCAAGGUAGCGUUGGCGGUGAGGAGGGAUCGGAGGGUGGUGGAGUUCAGAGGUGCCGUGCGGGGUUUUAGUGGGCCCGGAGGGGAAGAGGGAAUCGAAGGCUUGCCGGUGAGCCAGGAUGUGCCGAACAUCUCUGUUCGGUCGCAUGCCGUGGAAAUGAAGAAGGGGUAUGGUGCGUUUGGAGGGGGUGGGGCGACGUUGGAGAAGUCGAAGCUGGACUUGUCGCAGUCGACAUCUAGGGUUAAACAGGAGGUGGAGCUCGGAGGUGGUGGCGGAGGAAUUGGUAAUAAGAACUUCAAUGGGGGUGGCGACGGAGGUGACGAUGAUGGUGAUGAUGACGACUACUUUGGUGAGGAUGAUGGCGAUGAUGACGGUGACAACAAGGGAUUGUUCGGAAGGCGUCUAGCAGUUCCUGAGAUGUUUGAUCGGAAGUAUGUUGAAGCUAUCCUACAAGAGUGGUUCCGGACGAUCAGCGACUUGCCUGCAGGAAUACGGCAGGCUGUUGAAUUGGGAUUGAUCAGCUCGGCGCAAAUGGUAAGAUUUUGGUCAGUCAAUGCAAGGCCGAAUAUUACUAGGAGAUUGUCACGGAUGGCGCCUCAAUCAGUUUCACGGGCUUUUAUCGGACGCAUACUUGCGGAUCCUGGAUUUCUAUACAAGCUAGCUUUUGACGAGGUAGUUACGAUUGGUAAUGCUGUAUGGUGGGAGUGUCAGCAUAGAGGGGAAAGGAUAAAACAAGAAUGGGACGUAGUUGCUGUGAAUGUAUUGACUUUGGUUGCGAGCACAGCAGCCAUGAACUGGGCGCUAGCUCCCAGCCGUUCAUACGGUUCAACAUUUAAGUAUGAAUUCCAAAACUCAAUUCAAAAGCUUCCGAACCACGUCUUCGACAAGAGCUACCCUCUCCGAGAAUUUGAUAUGCCCAAGCGAGUGUUCAGUUUCUUUUACAAAGCCGCACAGCUCAGCCUGGUUGGUAUGGUGACCGGAUCUGCUGGAGCGGGCCUAGCCAGUCUCAUGCCAUCGGCAAGAAAAGAAGACAGUUUAUCAGUGCCGAUCCCUUCGGUCAGCACAAGUGCGUCAAGUUAUGGAGCAUUUUUGGGAUUAUCAGGGAACAUGAGGUAUCAGCUAGUUAACGGAGCGGAAAGGCUUAUGCAAGAUCAUUUUCAGCAUUUGGGAGUUGUUAUCUUCUUCUCUGCAGCACUCAGGGCUCUGAAUAUUCACAUUGGAGAUGUGACAAGACUAGCAUUUUUAGGUCAAGGGGAGUUGCCUGUCCACGCUGACGGAACUCUUUCACAAGCAUAUCGUAGGCCUUCAUUGUCAUCUGAGUCUUUGACGGGGUCGGUAAUCGCUGCGAAGGGUCUUAUCACAGGCCUCUUGGAUGGUAAAAAGAUUGAGAACAAGAAUGGCACGCAACGUCAAGCUCCUAAUGUCUUCGCAAAGAGGAAAGUAAAGAGGAAAGUAACCGCUGGGAGUCGGUAAUUAUCAAGUCUCAUCGUCGAGAACUAUUUUUAUGCGAGGAUCCAAGGAGAUGAUGACGACAUGAACUGUUUCACAAGCAAUUGCUUGUCAUAUUCCCAGAAUGAGGUUUUAAGUUGUCUUUCUACUGCGUUAUGAAGCCUCUUCGUCGUAAAAUAUGACGAAGACUUGUAAUCUGGUAAUAUGACAGUGUUUGAGAUGAGAUUGAGCGGAUUGCCAAACCCAGAACUAGGUUGGCAGUCUUUCCUGCAGAGAUUCUUUUCGGAAUGUGUCUGUAGACCGGAGAGGAUCCUUCACAAACCCAGAUGUAUCAUGAAGACGGGCAACCCGUUUGCCUAGGAGAGAGGGUAUUAAUCCUCACACAUUAUCAAUCACGCACCAUCUGUGCUUUUCUGAAGUACUUUACUUAGAGAGCAAGAUUGUUCUAGCGAUUCCCCCUUAUUGGAGAGUAACACUUUGGCCUUCGUGGUGAAAUGACAAGUUCCAAGAGCCGUGUUAGAUUUUAGUUUCAAUCUUCUUUACAGAUAUGAUGAAGCUUUGCGCCUGAUCUCAUGUUUGGCUUCCAUCCGUUCGCUUGAACUAUCACUUCAUUCCGAACCCAAGGGUGUUUCCCUCCACAGUUCCGAGACGUGAUAGAGACUGAGAAAACUAUCGAGGAUCGAUUUACUAUGUCUUAGUUGAUAGAAUAUGAAAUACAUGAUCAUGGAACUCAUUUUGGAACAAA